AUGCACCCUCGGUCGCGUCAGGGGCACCUGCUGGACUAUGUUCUCGUCCGGAGGCGUGAACAGCAGGAUGUGCUGGUGACAAAGGCGAUUCCGGGUGCUGACGGGUGGACCGACCAUCGCCUCGUCAUCUCGAAGAUGCAGACUCGCCUGCAGCCUCGCAGGAGACCACAAGGUAAGCUACCCCCGGGUAAGCUGAAUAUUGCAUUGUUUUCUUUGCCCGUUCACCAUCUUCAUUCCAGCGACGAGCUAGCUUAACGGAUAGACAACCUUCCAGUCGCUGCCGCUGCCGCCGCCGCCGCCGCCGACGCCGUCGCCGCUGCCUAGAACGCCUCAAUGGAGAACCGAUGGCGUCAACUGGGGGACACAGUCCGGUCGACGGCGCUGACUGUCCUCGGUCACGCACACCUCCAACACUAGGACUGGUUCGACGACAACGACGCCACCAUCAGUAACCUGCGCGCCGAGAAGAACCGCCUGCACAAAACCUACGUCACCCACCCCGCAGACGACAACGGAGCUGCUUUAUACCGUAGUCGUUGUCUUGUACCUCAGCAGCUGCGCGAGAUGCAGGACGCUUGAACGGUGUCCGGACCGCAACGAACAGAAGAAUUUCUUCUCCGCGAUCACAGCUGUCUACUGUCCACAAAGCAAAGGUACUGCUCUUCUUCUCAGCGUCGACAGCGGUCCCCUACUCACUGAGAAGACGCAAAUUCUACAGCGAUGGACCGAGCACUUUCGAGGCGUCCUCAGUCGUCCCUCCACCAUCUCCGACGUCGCAAUCGCCCGUCUGUCGUACGUGGAGGCCAACGUGGACCUCGAACUCCCACCCUCUCUCCAGGAAAUCAUCAGGGCCGUGCAUCAGCUCUCCAGGGGGAAAGCACCCGGAUCGGACGCCAAUCCUGUUGUGAAUGAUGAACACGGUGGCCCCCAACUCAUGGACCAUCUGACAGCGCUCUUCCAGGAGAUGUGGCGUCGAGGACAAGUACCGCAGGAUUUCAAAGACGCCACAAUCGUCCAUCUCUGUAAACGGAAAGGUAAUCGCCGGCUCUGCAAAAACCACCGAGACAUCUUCAUGCUGAACAUCACCGGGAAGAUCUUCGCUCACUUCCUUCUCAACCGCCUCAAUAACCAUCUGGAACAGGGCCUUCUGCCGGAAAGCCAAUGCGGCUUCCGUCGUCAUCGUGGGACCACGGAUAUGAUCUUCGCCGCUCGCCAACUACAGGAGAAGUGCCAGGAGAUGCAGAUCCACUUCUACUCUACCUUUGUGGAUCUGACGAAAGCCUUUGGCAUGGUCAAUAACUGUGGAAAAUCAAGCAGAAAUUCGGCUGUACCGAGCGAUUCACUCAGAUGGUACGUCAGCUCCAUGAUGGCAUGAUGGUGCAGGUCACGGACAAAGGAGCUGUCUCAGAGGCAUUCGCAGUGACUAACGGAGUGAAGCAGGGAAGCAUGCUGGCGCCUACCCUCUUCAGUCUUAUGUUCUCUGCCAUGCUGAUGGACGCCUACCGUGACAAACGUCCUGGAGUCCGCAUCGCCUACAUGACGGACUGUCGCCUCCUAAAUCAACGGCGGAUGCACUUCCAAACGCGCGUAUCCACAACCACCGUUAACGAACUUCUCUUCGCCGACGACUGCGCCCUGAACACCACCUCGGAAGAGGACAUGCAAAGGAUCAUGUUUUUCUUCUCCGCCGCCUGUGAUAACUUCAUUCUGAUCAGUAACACGGAUAAGACGUUUGCCAUGUACCAACCACCACCCAACACAGCGCCCUCCCCACAAUGCGCCGUAAAUCAGCGUGAACGGAACCAAACUGCAAGAGGGGGACAACUUCACGUAUCCCGGAAGCACUCUCUCCCGCAGCAUCAAAAUCGAUGACGAAGUUGCCCGCCGCAUUACUGAGGCCAGUCUACCCUUCGGCCGCCUCCAAAGAACAGUUUGGAAUCGUCACGGCCUCCAGCUUAGCACAAAGCUAAAAAUGUACAAGGCCGUCAUCCUCCCGACGCUACUGUAUGGAGCUGAGACCAGGACGGUGUACACGAAGCAGGCAGGCCGACUCAACCACUUCCACCUCAGUUGUCUUCGUCACAUCCGGAAGCUGAGGUGGCAGGACCGAAUCCCCGACACUGACAUACUGCAGUAAGCGGGAAUCCUCAGCAUCUACGCCAUCCUGAGAGGACUACAACUGCUUUAGAGCAGCCACUUUGUGCAGAUGGAUAGCGUGCGACUAUCCAAAAAACUUUUCUACGAAGAUGUCGCCACGGGUUCCCGUUGUCAAUGAGGACAAAUCCGUCGAUAGAAGAACACUCUAAAGGUCAUUCUAAAGUGUCUGUAGGUCAACCCGACCAACUGGGAAGACCUCGCCCGAGACCGGCCGACCUGACGGAGGACAGUGAAGACAGAUGCAGCGAUCUACGAAGCCAACCACACCACCGCCGCCAAAGCCAAACGCUAGGCUCGCAAAUCUCAAGUGCGCCCACCUCUCAACGCCAACGCUCGACCGCCCUCACCAAUUGGUUUCAUUGGACGUCUUAGUACUAACUUUAGCCCUCGGACGACACCACUCGAUUUCCUCCCGUCCACCUCUGCCUCAACCCCCACGCUGACAAUCAACUUUGAACGCACACCUGAACCACCACUUCCAUCCUCCUCCUCCUCCUCCUCCUCCUCCUCCUCCUCCUCCUCAUCCUCCUCCUCCUCAAAUGCUUAA